CCGACUUCGGCCAACUCGCCUCCCCCCUCUUUCCUCAAUCAACCACUUCUCUUCACCGCUCUUCCAUAUACACACACAAAAACAUUAUGGCUGAGCAGAAGACUGUCCGCCACGUCGAGAUCGCAGACACCCACGAGGGUCACCAGCGCACCUACCCCCCUCCUGCCCGUCUCCAGGGCAAGGACGGUCGUCCCAAGCCCCACAUUGGCCCAGACUUUGCCGCCUACAAGGCUGAGUGGGAGAAGUCGGUCGGCCCAGACUCGGACAAGUGGUGGGCCGAGAAGGCUCGCGACUGCCUGACCUGGUUCUCCGACUUUAAGACUGUCCGCGCCGGUGGCUUUGCCGACGGCGACAUCCAGUGGUUCCCUGAGGGCACGCUCAACGCCGCCUACAACUGCGUUGACCGCCACUACUACAAGAACCCCGACAAGGUCGCCAUCAUCUACGAGGCCGACGAGCCCUCGGACUCGCGUGAGAUCACCUACCGUGAGCUCUUCCACGAGGUCUGCCGUGUCGCCAAUGUCCUCCGCUCGUGGGGUGUCAAGAAGGGCGACGCCGUCUCGGUCUACCUCCCCAUGACCUGGCAGGCUGUCGUUGCGUUCCUCGCCUGUGCCCGUAUCGGUGCCGUCCACUCGGCUGUCUUUGCCGGCUUCUCCGCCGAGUCGCUCCGUGACCGUGUCAACGACUGCGAGUGCAAGGUCCUCAUCACCACCGACGAGGGUCGCCGUGGUGGCAAGACCAUUGCCACCAAGGCGAUCGUUGACGCCGCCCUCGCCCAGUGCCCGGGUGUCGAGAAGGUCCUCGUCCUCCGCCGCACCGGCUCCAAGGUCCCCAUGACCGAGGGCCGUGACUUCUGGUGGGACGAGGAGGCUGAGCGCCUCCCCACCUACUCCCCCUGCGAGCACAUGAACUCGGAGGACCCCCUCUUCAUCCUCUACACCUCGGGCUCGACUGGCAAGCCCAAGGGUGUCGUCCACUCCACCGCCGGCUACCUCCUCGGUGGCUACCUUACCGUCAAGUACGUCUUCGACGUGCACCCGGACGACCGCUUCGCCUGCAUGGCCGACGUCGGAUGGAUUACCGGCCACACCUACAUCGUCUACGGCCCUCUCUGCCUGGGUGUCACCACCACCGUCUUCGAGUCGACCCCCGUGUACCCCACCGCCUCGCGCUACUGGGACGCAGUGGACAAGUGGAAGCUUACCCAGCUCUACACUGCUCCUACCGCCAUCCGUCUGCUGCGCCGCAUGGGCGAGGACGCCGUCAAGAACCACGACCUCUCGUCGCUCCGCGUUCUCGGCACGGUCGGUGAGCCGAUCAACCCCGAGGCGUGGCACUGGUACAACGAGCACGCUGGCCGUGGCCAGUGCGCCAUCGUCGACACGUACUGGAUGACCGAAACCGGGUCGCACAUGGUCACCCCCAUCCCCGGUGCCAUUGCCACCAAGCCCGGAUCGGCCACCUUCCCCUUCUUCGGUGUCGACGUAGACAUCCUCGACCCCACCAACGGCGCUGUCCUCAAGGGCGACGACGUCGAGGGUGUCCUCGCCGCCAAGCGCCCUUGGCCCGCUAUCGCCCGUACCGUCUUCCGCGACCACAAGCGCUACCUCGAGACCUACAUGAAGCCGUACCCCGGCUACUUCUUCUUCGGCGACGGUGCCGCCCGCGACGAGGACGGCUACAUCUGGAUCAAGGGCCGUGUCGACGACGUCAUCAACGUCUCCGGCCACCGCCUCUCGACCGCCGAGGUCGAGUCCGCCCUCAUCCUCCACAAGGGUGUCUCUGAGACGGCCGUCGUCGGCUGUCCCGACGAGCUCACUGGCCAGGCCGUCUACGCCUUUGUGCAGAUGAAGCCCGAGUUUGACAUCAAGGCCACCUCGAUCGACGCCCUCACCAAGGAACUCGCCAUCCAGGUCCGCAAGGUCAUUGGUCCUGUGAGUUUCGGCUCCGCUUCGCCGCCCCCAAGCGCAUCUUCCUCAUCACCGACCUCCCCAAGACGCGCUCGGGCAAGAUUAUGCGCCGCAUCCUCCGCAAGAUCUGCUCCAAGGAGGCCGACGCCCUCGGCGACCUCUCGUCCAUGGAGAAGCCCGAGGUCGUCGACCAGCUCACCGAGCAGGUCUACACCGCCAUGGGCUGGAAGUAAACUCGCGUUGCGCAGCGACGCGAGGUCUAAAGAUGGCGGCUCCCGUUGAGCCCCACAUUUCCUUGUGACUAGUACAGAGGGAGUUCGGAACGC